AUGCGCGCAUGGCGAGUACGGCGAUUCAGCGGAUCGCAGCGUCGGCGCAUCGAGCCGCGCGACUGGGAAAAGUACCUGCUGGUGACGCGCGGCAUCUCGGAUGAGAUCCGCGAGAGCAUUGGCCUGCUUAACAGCAAGGUCGGCUAUGUCUACCUCGUCGACCGACAUUGCCGUAUCCGAUGGGCUGGCAGUGGUGGCAGCCAGCCGGAUGAGUGUCAGAGCCUGGUUCGUGGCAUCCGCUGGCUAUUGGCCGAAGCCAAGAACGAAGAUCAGCUUCUACAGCAGCAGAGACAAAAGCCAGUCCCUAGCGAAUCGCAGGGGCAGCUAGCUCGCUGCGCUGCAGCUUGA